UAUCUUUGGAGAAUACCAUCAGAACCUGUAGUCAAAGCCCCCGCUUUCCUUAGAAUUCAGUGUCCGAGUGAGUGACGCAUGCCAUGAGGCCGCCAACGUCCCAUCUUUUCCUGCAGAACUUGGAUCUUUUUCCAACGUUCCCUUCAUAAAUCGUCUCAUUCUUUCACUCAUUCCUCGCUCUUGGUGCGUCCAGCGUUCGGCAGAUUUUUUGGUAAAAGAACAGGAAAAUGUUGAGCUCUCAGUGCUUUGAGAACCCACCGAACCUGAGCUCGACUUGUGGAGCAGGGCGUGUUGAAGAGCUCGCAGGCCUCAAGACCUACGUCACCGGCCCUUCUGAUUCCAAGCGUGCUCUUCUUUUCAUCCCUGAUGCUUUUGGGUAUGAGGCUCCUAAGCUGAGGAAACUUGCAGAUAAGGUUGCAUCAGCAGAAUUCUUCGUGGUUGUACCUGAUUUCUAUUAUGGAGAUCCCGUUAUUGAUGUCAAUGAUCCUAAUUUUAAUAUAGAAGUUUGGCUAAAAAAUCAUAGCCCGGAUAAAGGGUAUGAAGAUGCCAAGCCAGUGAUUGCCGCUCUUAAAAGUAAAGGUGUGUCUGCCAUUGGGGUUGCAGGAUUUUGUUGGGGAGGAAUGGUGCUAGUGAAAUUAGCAGGCACCGAAGACAUUCAAGCAGCAGUUAUUCUGCACCCUGGUCAUAUCACCGAAGAUGAAAUCAGAGCCGUCAAGAUUCCAACUGCUAUAUUGGGAGCCGAGAAUGACCACAUUUUCCCUGCAGACGAACUGAAAAAGUUAGAGAUCAUGUCGGCCAAAACUGAAUUCGAGAGUUAUGUCAAAAUAUUCCCUGGUGUUAGACAUGGAUGGAGUGUGAGGUAUAAUGACGAUGACGAGUCCGCCGUCAAGAGUGCCAAAGAGGCCCAAGAGGACAUGUUGAAUUGGUUCUUGAAGCAUGUCAAGUGAAAACUAAGGCAUUGAAGCAGAAUAUAGUGAGGAAUUUCAGGACUAGUCAUCUGUUUUGGAUUGUCAUCUAUAAUGUUCUGUUGUGACUUUAAUAAAUAAGACAUCGGUUUCGUCGAUCGAACUUUGCAGAUUGAGAGUGAAGUAUGUCAUGUAGAGUUGUAUCGUGCCA